CACAGUCACGAGUUGUGACUUUUUGGUUUCGAUGAKAAGACGAGUUGUUGGUUUUUGGAUUGCCGUUGCUUCUCCACAAUUUCUUUUUCAACAUGUCCAUGCCGUUGACUUGGUGCUGACUUCCGUUGAUGUGUCGAGUUAGUGUGUUGCGGUUGGCAAUUUGAACUGCRAGCGAAACUUUCUGGUCCAAAGCAGAGGCAAAACGAUCUCACUCGCCAUGAAACCAGUCGCCAUUGACCGUGGUGACGACGGUGUUGAUUAUGGUGACGACGAUGACGACGACGACGACGACGACAUCAUUUUGGUCUCGUCGACCAGGCAAAAAUGGGAACAACUGCACGGCAUCAACCUUCACAGCCUAGGAUCGACAAGCAGAAACAAGGGCAGCAGCGACAACGAUGGGGUUCAAAGCAACAAUCGCAUUCAUAAUCAUAACCAAGAAGACGAGGACGAGGACGAGGACGAGGACGACGAGAUACUGGUAGUUGCCGUGCCACCGACACCACCAAAGCACGACAAGCUGAAUAAAAAGAAUGACGAACACGGAUCCUCUGGUCACAAAAGGACUUGGAUCUACCAACGGAUUCGAAAUUCUUUUUUUGGUCUUGCUCUUGUCGACAACAACAACAAGAUUUUCUCCGAAUAUGCCCGAAACAUCGGAAAUCCAUGGAUGGUUGUGCUCCUGUUUGUUGCCACCGCUCUCUCGCUCGGGGUGAAAAAACGAASGCGGAGAACGAAACAGAACCGACMUACAKCAACGAUCAUCGCGCCAUCCAACCYAAAGAAAACCGAAAACCACGGCAAAGGAAAAUCUGCGGGUGCAGAGAACGUUGCCAAGGGCGAUCCUGGAAAUGUCGAUAARAAAGAAGAUACUUCAAGGAACAAAACAAAAACGGCUGACCUGGCCGGGGAGAAAAGCACCGACGAUKUGUUGCUGUCCUCGAAGGAGUCGAAMUCGCCUYGGGGAGGAAAAAAGAAASAGAAACAGAAUGGGAAAGAACCUCCAGRGACUCAGARAAUCCKGCUGCCUGCCUCACCAUCGCCAYYGYCAUCGCCAUUGUCAUUGUCGCUAGCAUUGUCRAAGAAAACAGACGCCUGUGAGAAUACCACUGCUACAACAAUAGUUGCGACCAAGCAACAACGAGACGAAAAGSUGCRAAUGGCGCGUCGGCUGGCUGAGGACAUCCGGCUCGUCCGGGACGUCCUCGUCGAGCACUCGCUCGAUCCAUCGAUGGCCGCGCAGCUCGCCGUGAGCAUGCAGRCAUCGCAAAGCGUCAUCGAGUCCCAGCGCGAGCUGUCCUACGCCACYACCAUGAUCGAUUCCCAYGAACGCCGUCUCGACCGGCAGMUUUCCGAGAGGCAGCACAGGGAGAGCCUGGAGGCUGCGAGGUACGAUCCAAACUGGAGRGAAAAGCUCCGCUCGGUGCGCGACGAAUGCUAUUACUGGAACCUCGCAAGCGGCGGGUUUAGCAGGCUGUGGUGGGARGUCCUCUGGAUACAACAAAUGGCCCGGGGAGUCUUGCCCGUGUGGCAGUACUACUAUUCGAAUGCCCAUCGAUGGAACGGCGUAGGCACAACKACCGUCCAUACCGACGCGGCGUUGGGAGCCACCGAUCCUUGGAGCGGGCUGGUAGCUUCCUUCCUCAAAGACACGAUCGCGUCGAUCCUGGCACAGGUUUGCGAUUGCCGACCCCAUGCCAGCAUAGGACCAUCGGAAGCAACUGCCGGAGCAACAACAUCGCUGGCAGAUCACUCCACGAUGACGUCGUGGGCGAUGCCGUUCAUCGCGUCUGCCGCUUUCUCGCUCCACAACACAGGUACCCUGCAGGRGCUCGUGGAGCAGUGGUCCUGCUAUGGYUAUUGCAUCGCAUCUGCAUCCAUGGGRCUAAUGCUCACCAUCGUCCUCCACCAGGGCUUGCGAAUUUUGUCGAUGCCCUCGUCGCUGCACCACGCCAUCAACCUUUUGUCCAUGGCGUUGUUCUACGGCCCCCAKCGCACCCUGGCACUGGGUAUUUCCUCCAUCUCGAGGAUGCUAAUGGUGCUGCCGGCUUUCGAUUCUUCAACGAGCUUUGACCACCACAYCGACGACAUCCUUGAUCUCGGCGGACCGCCCGCCGGAGGCAACAACCAACGAGCCAUGCUUGCGUGCUCGCUUCUGCUCCUGUCUCUGUGGGUGGGUUUGCCCCUUACCAGCUGGAUCCGGACCCCCGCUCUUUGCCGGAGGGUCGAAUCACGAGUGGCCGGAGCCGAUCCGAUCGAUUUCGAGCGCACCCUCCAAGCGGGCACGGUCCAGCUCAGGCGCUGGCAGUGGGAACAGAUGGCUGCGCGGUACCUUUUGCUAUCGAUCUAUUCUGCGUUGAUACUAUGGGAAAACAUUCAGAACACAACAGCGAUUGGAAGCUACGCGUAAAUGRUGUUUGAACAAUGGUUGACCGAAACGUUGAUAGCCGUUUGUUGAYUCGUAUCAUUGAAAAGUUGUUAUCGGCAAGUUGAGACACARCAUAGCGCUUGCCGUGCAUCGAGUUUGYACAUAUUUCUACAGAAAGCCUUGACACCAGUGUKGGAUACAUUGAAUCAUCAGCCAGUCGGGGUUGSCAGUGUUACAUCCGAAACCAAGACCAGAACGUAAUCGCUGCGAUUGUGACCAUCGUUGGAACCCACUGUCAARAGAGUGGCAGUUAGCAGAAGCGGCAUCGGAACACKUGCUGCACAAUUAGACCACAAUAUUCAAAAUAAGUAGUGCUGGGGUCCARGACCUUCAUGAAUCUGCACGAUACGGUUUUUUUUUCWUUGUCCGCUACCGAAACACAGCCCAAUCUCGUCUUGGUGCUUUCAUAYAACAGCGAGACGCAGUGGUGAACCCCCUCGAAGCACUUUGCACCAAGCGUUCUCGGAUCCGAGUUGGUACAAACAGCGUGCGAUGCGGACAGGUCGGCAUCGACGUGACAGGAAAGCGGGGUUAGCGGCACGGGACUWAUCCCUGUAUCGCAAAUGUUGCACAGAUCUGUGUCGCAGUAGGAGCAAUCCACUACACCUAGUUCGUCCAUUCCUUGGAGAAUGGUGCAGGUGUAAGGAGACUCGGCAUCGUCGCUCCGAUCGCCAUCCAGCUUCGGGACGCACCCAAAUCCCAUCGACGUGCCGUCACCGUACAURACGCUUAGGCAGUGAUGGCUGCCAACUUCACACGGCCGACCGUUGCACAACGCCAUUGUGUAAUAAAAUGUAUAAUAUUAA